GUCGGGCAUCAGGGCAGCUCGACACGAACAGUCAUCUCUCGUCAAGACCAUGCAAUUCCUGCUGCUCCCCUUCCUAGCACCUCUAGUCCUCGCUGGCCACGUUCAGCACCCCUUUGCAUCGCAGGAUGCCAAUGUGACUUUGGUGCCAGUCACCUUAGGCGUCAUGUCCCGCUGCCCGGAUGCUGCGCUCUGUGAGAGCGUGUUCGAUGACGUGCUUAACAAGGUGAUGUCCAAGGUUGAGUUGAGCUUGACAUUUAUCGGCCAGCUGAACGAUUCUGACGAAACAUACGGUGUGACAUGCAAACACGGCCCUCAGGAAUGCGCCGGCAACAUCCACGAACUGUGCAUGAUCUCCCGUGUACCGCAAACAAAGUGGUGGCCAUAUGUCAUAUGUCUGAACUUCAUGGGGAAGGACAAGAUUGGUCUGGGCGAGACGGCAAAGAGGUGUGCAGAAGUGGUCUCAGUAGAUUGGGUUGAAAGCGGGAUAGAGGCUUGCGUUGAUGGACUGGAGGGGAGCGACUUGCUGAGGGAGAGCGUGAGGAAUACGACUGCGCUGGGUAUCGAGAAGAGCUGCACGAUCCUUAUCAAUGGUGUCACACGUUGCAUAGUCGACGACGGCAGGUGGUUGCAAUGCGACUAUGGACACACCUCUGCCGACUUCGUGGCCAUGAUCAACAAAGAAUAUGCAAAGCUGAACCCGUGACUGAGAUGGCCAUAGUCCGUCAAUUGUAAACCAGAGUGUACCCGAUCAUUGGAUACGAUCAUUAUGUGUUAUAUGCAUUUAUUUCUAGAUGUCCUGUAUUGUAAAGCC